UUGUUUAUGUAAAUAAACUAAUGACUAGUAUAAGAUGUUGAAGACAUAUAUAACUAAUUAUGAACUACAGGAACAAAAGAACAUUGCAGAGAUUGUUGUUCGACUAUUCCAGAGAUGAAGGAGGCUCGUCUGCUGCUUUACAGCGCAGCCCGGGUGGUCUUCAUCCUCUUUCUCGUGAUUCAUCUCGUCUACACGGAGUUUUUUGCUUUUGAGGCCGCGCAGAUUAUGCCAUGGAAGCAACGCUUGUGGAAGAGUAACGCUGAUCUCCAUGCAUAUUCGAGUAAUAUUACAAGUGCCCCGGAGCCAGCACCAGCAGAAGUACUAGUUAGCAAGUCAAAAAACUCGAAUAUUUCUGAAGAAACUAUACUUUUCGAUGAGGGAAAAUCUGAAUCUCUGCAACAUGAAUUGCAGAAGCAAGACUCUUCCCUGGAAGUACUUUUAUCGAGGCUCGUUCCAGAAGAGCAGAGAAGCGAGUUUGAAUCAAGCGGUUUAGCCUGUGAUUCUGCAGCUCACUCCCUUGUUUGUGUGGUUAACAAACCAGUAAAGAUUAUCAACUCAGGAUCAACAGGAGUCAGCGUGGUAUACGAAUCGAGCCAAUCUGCAGGGGAGAGAACUAUUGUCAGGCCAUAUGCUAGGCAAGAAGACGCGGAUCUUCUAAAAUCCGUGACACCAGUUGAGAUACUUUCUCAGGAAAAUAGCUCUGUAAAACAAGGCUGUCACUACAAUCAUGAUGUUCCAGCAGUGUUGUUUUCGACGAGUGGUUUUACUGGAAAUUUGUUCCAUGAAAUGAAUGAAAUCAUCAUCCCUUUGUUCCUCACUUCUUUUCAGUUUCAAUCACAUGUCCAGUUCGUCGUUACUGACCACAAGGCUUCGUUUGUGAGUAGAUAUGGCCGCCUUCUCUCCAAGUUAUCGCGUUAUGAAGUGAUAAAUCCGGCUGCAAAUAGAAGCAUCGUCCAUUGUUUUCCAGGAGCUGUUGUGGGGCUGAAGUUUCAUGAAUUUUUAGGGUUUAAUUCAAGUGAGAUCCCCAGAGGCUACUUCAUGGAAGACUUCAGGAAUUUUCUGAGGCAAACCUACAGACUAAAGGCGCAAAAUGUUUCUGCGAUCACAAAGCCUAAUCUCUUGCUUAUAUCGCGACAACAUUCAAGGACAUUUUUGAACGAAAACCAGUUAGUGGAUAUGAUGAGAACAUCGGGGUUUCAAGUGAUCGUCGCAAAGCCAAAAAGGAUGGCGAAUCUGGCAAAAUUUGCAAAACUUGUGAGCUCGUGUAGCGUGAUGGUUGGAGCUCACGGUGCAGGCCUCGCUAAUGAAGUGUUCUUGCCGGCCGGAGCUGUUAUGGUGCAGGUGGUGCCGCUGGGGCUUGACUGGGCAUCAGGUGCUUAUUUCGGUGAGCCAGCUUCUGAUAUGGGAGUGCAUUACCUGGAGUACAAGAUUGAACCUGAAGAAAGUUCACUUAUCAAUUCUUACAAACGAGACCACCCUGUUAUUACCGACCCGACCCGGGUCUUGUAUAAUGACUAUCAAGCUGGCAGAGCUCUGUACAUUGAUGGGCAGAACAUGAAGAUUGAUCUUGCUAGGUUUAAAAAGACACUAACUGAAGCACUUAAACUUCUAGGAUGAAAUUGUAUUUAGAAUUUUAUUUUUAAAGAUAAAACUUGAUUAGUCCGAUUUACAAGUUUUUAGGCAGACCAAGGUGUCCUGUAAUACGCCUAUCUUUGCCACAAAAGAAUAAAGAUAGAACUGUUUGGUCCC